AUGCUUGCCCACAACGGUGGCUGCCUUUGCGGUAAGAUCCGCUAUAUAUAUACUGGGGAGCCGACAACGAAAGUUCUCUGCCACUGCAGUGAUUGCCGCAAGAUUAGCGGCAGUAACUACAGCGUCAACUUUCUUAUCCCUGAGGCUUCAUUCCGAGUAACCGUCGGUACGCCAAAAAUCUUCAGCAAAGUUGCUGAUUCAGGUGAAACCAUCAACAGCUACUUCUGCAGUCACUGCGGUAGUAUGCUAUGGCGCGAGUCCGCCAAUUGCGGGCCCAAUAAGGUGGUCAAGGCCGGGACAUUGGACGACAGUGGCAAGAUUAUCUCGAGUGCGGUGUUCGAUGCAGAGGUUUUCACGCGCUCGAGAAUAGAAUGGGUGCUGCCUAUAGCUGGCGCAAAUCAGAGGGUCGUAGAGUGA